GGGGCCUGGCUGGGCAGCCGCCCGCCCGAGGGUGGGCUCUAGGGGGCGCCCUCAUGAGAGGGGCGGGGCGCUCCUGUUCCAGAGACCCGCCGGCAGGGGCUGCGGCGGCUCCUUGUCUCCGCUAGUCCUCUGGUAGUCGCCGCUGCGGGCCCGCCGCCGCGCCGUCGUCACCGUCGCCGCCUCCGGGUCCGGGCCCCCGGGGCCCUCCCGCCGCCACCAUGAAGCUGCGGGUCCGGCUACAGAAGCGGACCUGGCCGCUGGAGAUGCCAGACGCGGAGCCGACGCUGGGUCAGCUACGCGCGCACCUGAGCCAGGCCCUGCUGCCCACUCGGGGCUUCAGUUCUGAUACCCGGUUUGCAAUCACAUUGAACAACAAGGAUGCCCUCACUGGAGAUGAAGAGACCCUGGCUUCAUAUGGGAUUGUUUCUGGGGACUUGAUAUGUUUGAUUCUUGAAGAUGCCAUUCCAGCACCUAACUUACCUUCAUCCACAGAUUCAGAGCAUUCCUCACUCCAGAAUAAUGACCAACCCUCUUUGGCCGCCAGCUCCAAUCAGUCCAGCAUACAGGAUGAACAGCCCAGUGCUUCAUUCCAAGGACAGGCAGCCCAAACUGAUGUCUGCAAUGAUGACAAUAUGUCGGGGCCUAGUCAGACUUUGGAAGCUGGGUCAGUUCAAGAUGUUGUGGAUAUGGAGGAGGGCACAGGUGUGUUUCCCUCAGAACCGAUGCUCUGCAGUGAGUCGGUGGAAGGGCAGGUGCCACAUUCAUUAGAGAUCCUGUAUCAGUCAGCGGACUGUUCUAACGCCAGUGACGCCUUGAUAGUAUCGGUACAUCUUCUCAUGUUGGAGUCAGGUUACAUACCUCAGGGAACGGAGGCGAAAGCUCUGUCCAUGCCCGAGCACUGGAAGUCAGGCGGUGUGUAUAAGCUGCAGUACACGCACCCUCUCUGUGAGGGUGGCUCCGCCAUUCUCACCUGUGUGCCUUUGGGAACCCUGGUUGUCAUAAACGCUACACUAAAGAUCAACAGUGAGCUCACAAGUGUGAAAAGAUUGCAGCUGCUGCCAGGAUCAUUUAUUUGCAAAGCAGAACCAGGGGAAAAUGUAGCCACGGUAUACAAAGAUCUUCAGAAGCUCUCUCGUCUCUUCAAAGACCAGCUGGUGUAUCCUCUUCUGGCUUUUACCCGACAAGCGCUGAACCUGCCAGAUGUAUUUGGGUUGGUAGUCCUUCCGUUGGAGCUGAAGCUGCGGAUCUUCCGACUUUUGGAUGUUCGUUCAGUUCUUUCUUUGUCUGCAGUUUGUCGUGACCUCCUUAUUGCUUCAAAUGACCAGCUGCUGUGGAGGUGUUUAUAUCUGCGGGAUUUUCGAGAUGGUGCUGUUAGAGCUCGAGACACAGAUUGGAAAGAACUGUACAGGAAGAGGUACAAACAGAGGAAAGAAGCUCAGAGAGGGCGUCAUGUGCUGUUCCCGCCCUUGCCGCCCCAGCCCCCCCCGUUCGGCCCUGGCCCCUGGCACCCCAGGCCUUUUCCUCCCAGCUCUCUCCUUCCUCCAGGAAUUAUUGGUGGAGAAUAUGAUGAAAGGUUGACACUUCCCUUUGUUGGGGACCCCAUCAGUUCACUCAUCCCUGGGUCCGGGGAGACACCAGGCCAGUUCCCUCCAUUCAGACCGCGUUUUGAUCCAAUCGGCCCGCUUCCGGGACCUAACCCCACCUUGCCAGGGCGAGGUGGCCCGAGUGACAGACGUCCCCUCCGGCCCAGCAGGGGUUGGCCAACUGACAGCCGGCUACCGUUCAUGUGACUGGUUUGUAAUCUCACUUCUGGAGCUUGUUUGGUUUUUCUUUUUUAAAACCACAGCUGUCAUCUUGUCGGGGUGCUGAUCUCUAGUGUUUUCUGAUUGUGAUGGUGAGGAAUGCACUCACACUGGCCUUUCAGUAAAUCUACUCAAAGCUCCAGGGGUGCUAGGGCCCAGAGGGUCCUGUAUGACUGGCUUGGCCUGGGACAUAGUUGGCUCCUGACCUCCCCGCUCUGAGUUCCCCUCUUGAGUGAAGGUUGUUCACUGAUAAAUGUUCUGCAUCAAAUUAAAAAAAAUUUAAGUAUAAAUCACAUGGC